UAUACAGAAUUUUAUUGUCGUUAACAACCAUUUGAUCAAUAAAUAUGAGAGAUGCCCUCACAAAAAAAAAAAAAAAAAAAAAGGACAGACUUCCAAUGGUAAAAUAAAUAAGUAACCGGGAUGUAAUGUAUAGCAUAAGGAAUAUAGUCAAGAUAUUGUAACAGCUUGGUAGGGUGAUAGCUGGAACCUAGAAUUAUGUAUAUAAAUGUUCUACCACUGUGUUGUACACUUGAAACUAAUGUAAUACUGUGCGUCAACUACCCUUCAAUAAAAAAUAAUUAUUUAAAAAAAAAAAAAAAAGUCUGAGGAGUCAGAGAGUGGGGCCCUGACCCAGCUGUAACUAUUGACUUCCUUCCUGCGGACUGUGGAAUCAAUCGCGGGGGAUGCUCAGUUAUGCUGGGAUUGCACAUACCCUGGGGCUUAACCUGUGGACUCUGAGCCCCAAGGCAGUCCUGUUCUGCCUGCACCUGGGAGCGUGAGUGGUUGACUGCAGAGAGACAGAAAAGAAGUGCGAAGAGGAAGAUGGAAUGAAGAGCAGGUCCUGGCCCUGUCUCCAGGGCCUUCUCCACUGUCCCUGGCCUGCCAGGGCUAAGGAGGUCCCCUCUCCUGCCAUCCUGCUAUGGGGUUUUGUGUGAUACACCUGUAUUUCUACAACAAUCCUUACUUUUGGCUCAAGCCAGCUCAAGUUGGUCUCAUUUCCUUGUAACCAAGGAGUAUCAUCAGGUACAUGGUAAGAACUCUAAAUUGGGGUGACAUACAAUUCAUUGUCUUCAUGUUUUGAGAGUGAAAUGGGGCACAAUUAACAGUUACAGGUAUAAACUGGGAUAGCCCAGGCAAACCAGGCCCUAUGGUCACCCUACCUAUAAGUUAAAAGGAAAACACACAGAUCACAUCCACCUCAUUUUGUUCUUCAGGCAGUGGUGGAGGACCUAUUGGGCAGGAUGGCCAUUUUCUCUCUGAGACAAACUCUGCAGUGGUCAGCUGGCCCACGAUGGUGGUAGUGGGUAGUGGGAGAAGGCUCAGGCCAGAGAGUGGCCAUUUUCCUGCGUGGUUCAUGUGAGGCAGAAAGCUAAUUCUGGCUAUGAGAGAAAGGUCAAGGUUGUGUUUCCCUUCCAUUCUACUUGAUGGAUGAAAGAGAAAAGGCCUGUUCUUUGAAAGUGAGCUUCCCAAGGCCAGUGAGACUAGUGAAGCCCUGGGAAUCUGCCAGUGGGCGGGAGAGUGUGCAGGGACUGGAGGUUGAGGGAAGGAGUCAGGACAGCUGGAGCCGCAAGAUGGAUGGGCACGGGUGGUGCUCCACAGCUAUAAGUGGCUGCGCUGGGGCCGCUGCUCAGGGCUCUGGCCAUGCUGCUUCUUGGGCUACUGCUGCUGACCCUGCUGGCUGGUGCCCGCCUGCUGUGGGGCCAGUGGAAGCUCAGGAGCCUCCACCUCCCACCUCUUGUGCCAGGCUUCAUGCACCUGCUGCAGCCCAACCUUCCCAUCUAUCUGCUUGGCCUGAGUGAGAAACUCGGGCCCAUCUACAGAGUCCGCUUUGCUCUGCAAGAUGUGGUGGUGCUGAACUCUAAGAGGACCAUUGAGGAGGCCAUGAUCAGGAAGUGGGUGGACUUUGCUGGCAGACCCCAGAAUGCAUCCUAUAAGCUGAUAUCUAAGCACGCCCAGGACCUCUCACUAGGAGACUAUUCCCUACUCUGGAAAGCUCACAAGAAACUCACCCGCUCAGCCCUGCUGCUGGGCGUCCGCAAUUCCAUGGAGCCCCUGGUGGAGGAGCUGACCCAGGAGUUCUGUGAGCGCAUGAGAGCCCAGGCUGGCACCCCCGUGACCAUCCAGGAGGAAUUCUCUUUCCUCACCUGUAGGAUCAUCUGUUACCUUACCUUCGGAGACAAGGAGGACACCUUAGUACAUGCCUUUCACAACUGUGUCCAGGACUUGAUGGAAACCUGGGAACACUGGUCCAUCCAAAUUUUGGACAUUGUUCCCUUUCUCAGGUUCUUCCCCAACCCAAGCCUCCGGAGGCUGAAGCAGGUCUUAAACAACAGGGACCACAUGGUAGACAAGCAAAUGAGGAGGCACAAGGUGAGAACUGUGCACGCAACGGGCUCCCCUCUGCCCCUAGCCAGGGAUGCUACUGCCCCAGAGCUGGGCAGGUUCUCCAGCAUCCCACCAGCCCUGGACCUGUCGCCAUCCCAGAUCCCUCUCCCCAGGCCAGGCACUCAGGCUGGCCCCUCCUCCCCUCCCCAGGAGAGCAUGAUGACAGGCCAGUGGAGGGACAUGAUGGACUACUUGCUCCAAGGGGUGGGGAAGCUGAAAGUGGAAGAGGGCCCCGGCCAGCUCUUUGAAGAGCACGUGCUUAUGUCUGUGGUGGACCUCUUUAUUGGUGGCACCCAGACCACAGCAACCACCCUCUCCUGGGCUGUGGCAUUCUUGCUCCACCACCCUGAGAUUCAGCAGCGACUGCAGGAGGAGUUGGAUGGUGGGCUGGGCCCUGGAGUCUCGGGCUCCCGAGUCCCAUACAAGGAGCGCGCACGGCUGCCCUUGCUCAACGCCACCAUAGCUGAGGUGCUGCGCCUGCGGCCCGUCGUGCCCCUGGCCUUGCCUCACCGCACUACCCGGCCCAGCAGCAUCUCCGGCUACGACAUCCCUGAGGGCACGGUCAUCAUCCCUAACCUCCAAGGCGCCCACCUAGACAAGUCGGUCUGGGAGCGGCCACACGAGUUCCGGCCGGAGCGCUUCCUGGACCCUGGCGCAAGCCCCAGAGGGCUGGCCUUUGGCUGCGGGGCGCGCGUGUGCCUGGGGGAGCCGCUGGCGCGCCUCGAGCUCUUCGUGGUGCUGGCGCACCUGCUCCGGGACUUCACGCUACUGCCGCGCGCGGACGCCCUGCCUUCUCUGUUGCCCCAGCCCUACUGCGGCGUCAACCUCAAGAUGCAGCCUUUCCAGGUGCUGCUGCAGCCGCGCGAGGCGGGGGCCCGGGACCUGGGCAAGAGCCAGUGACCGGGCA